ACCCCAUUUCACAAGGUUUGAGGUUUUAGAUGUUUUAUUACAAGACGUUCAUGAAAGUCAAGACAAAGAUAAUCAUACGUUCUGUCAGUGUGUUACUAAUGGGUGACAUUAUACUGAAAAUAAAUUACUCUCUACCUGUUGCCCCCUUUGAGACCCCCUGAUUUAGACCAACAUAAAAUACAGAGUAUGAAAUGAAUAAAUAAAAAGAUAGAUGGAUAGAUGGAUGGAUAGAUAGAUACCAGUAGCACACAAAACAGAACUACUACAGAUCUGUCCCUGUAAAGAAGUAAUGUGCAGAUAUCUUAAGUGCCAGUUGAUUGACAGACACAAGUAACGGAGGCAGAGUAUUGAAGCCGAAUAUAAAUACAGAUUUAAAGAUAAAGACCUGAAGCUUUACAAAGUUGUGUAUUAGACUAACUGUCUGUAAACUGAUGGAGCAGCAGAUUAAAGAGUAAAACUUAAAAUACAAAAUACAAGAAAAUAAAGACAAACAAAGGCAGUAAUGGUGACAUGGGGGGUUGUUAGCUGCAGCUCUGACACGCACACUUAUUGUUUAGUUAUUCUGUGUGUGUGUGCGUGUGUGCGUGCGUGUGCGUCAUGUACACAGUGACCCCCCCCCCCCCCCCGAAUGUGUCCCGUUGAGUCGCCGGUGCUGUGAUGUCCGACUGCCCCUGAACGCAGCAGGAGUCCUCCCAGUGAACGUGACGCGGAGCCGAAGCGAAGCGACGUUUCCUGGCGGAGCUGCGGAGGAGCAGGAGCCGAGCGGGUCCGUCUGUCCGUCCGUGUGUCUGUCUGCGAGCCGCCGCAGUCUGUCCGGGACACACACCCGCACGCACAGAGACACGCACCCGCAGAAGACGCCUCCUGUUUCGGGCUUCACGGUCACCGGCGGCCAUGGAUCCAGCGCUGUCCUCCUCCCGUGUUCGCCGCUGAGGGACGGUCCUCCGUCGGAUGUUCCAGUGCCCGUAGAGGAGCAGCGGGAGGAGGAGGAGGGGGCAUCCCCGUCAUUCUUCGACCACCAGGCUGACUCACCACCGGAGCGCCUGAACACAGGAGGAGGAGGAGGAGAAGAAGAAGAAGAAGCAGAAGAAGAAGUUGGAGAGAGUGAGGGAGUGUGAAACAGAGGGCACGAAGGAAGGAGGGAGGGAGGGAGAGAGAGAGAAAAAGAGAGAAGGGGGGAGUAACGACUAGAAGAGGUGAGAAAGACAGAAAGCAUCAAAAGGAAAGUGAGGUUGGUUCGGCGGGACGAGAGGAGGGAAGAGAACGUGAUCGUGGCAAAGUGAGAGAGAGACAGAGGAGCUUCAGACUCCUAGAACAGACGACAGAUCUGAGGUCAGGUGAGAGAGCGGGCGCAGGUAGGUCGGAGGUCGAGCGGUCAGACGGACAGCUGACUGAGCUUCACCCGAACCCGCUGUCCCGCCGCCCAUCCAACAGCUGCCCCUUCACGCCCACCACACUGGGAGAACUGGGAGAGCAGGCGCCCAGGAGAAGCCACCAUGAGCGACCAGAACGUCGUCAAGGAAGGCUGGGUCCAGAAAAGAGGUGAGUACAUCAAGAACUGGCGACCGCGCUACUUCCUGCUGAAGUCGGACGGCUCUUUCAUCGGCUACAAGGACAAACCACAGGACUCGGACUUGGCCUAUCCGCUCAACAACUUCUCUGUAGCAAAAUGUCAGCUGAUGAAGACGGAGCGGCCCAAGCCAAACACCUUCAUCAUCCGCUGUCUGCAGUGGACCACCGUCAUCGAGAGGACUUUUCACGUGGACACGCCCGACGAGAGGGACGAGUGGGCCGAGGCCAUUCAGAUGGUCGCAGAGUCUCUGGCCAAACAGGAGGAGGAGGGAAUCCUGUGCAGCCCCACCUCCCAGAUCGAGAACGUCAACGAGGAGGAGAUGGACACGUCCAUCAGCCACUACAAACGAAAGACAAUGAACGACUUUGACUAUCUGAAGCUUCUGGGCAAAGGCACUUUUGGGAAAGUCAUUCUGGUGAGGGAGAAGGCGAGCGGCACCUACUACGCCAUGAAGAUCCUGAAGAAAGAAGUCAUAAUAGCCAAGGAUGAAGUCGCUCACACACUAACAGAAAGUAGAGUAUUAAAAAAUACCCGGCAUCCAUUCCUAACUUCUCUGAAGUACUCGUUCCAGACGAAGGAUCGGCUGUGCUUUGUGAUGGAGUACGUCAACGGAGGAGAGUUGUUUUUCCACUUGUCAAGAGAGAGAGUAUUUUCAGAGGACCGCACCCGUUUCUACGGCGCCGAGAUCGUCUCAGCUCUAGACUACCUACAUUCUGCCAAGAUCGUUUAUCGUGAUCUGAAGCUGGAGAACCUCAUGUUGGACAAAGACGGUCACAUCAAGAUCACCGACUUCGGCCUGUGCAAAGAAGGCAUCACCGACACUGCCACCAUGAAGACGUUCUGCGGAACACCAGAAUACCUGGCUCCUGAGGUGUUGGAGGACAACGACUACGGGCGGGCGGUGGACUGGUGGGGUUUGGGCGUGGUGACGUAUGAAAUGAUGUGCGGCCGGCUGCCGUUCUACAACCAGGACCACGAGAAGCUGUUUGAGCUCAUCCUCAUGGAGGAGAUCAAGUUCCCACGAACCCUGUCAGCCGACGCCAAGUCGCUGCUGUCGGGACUGCUCAUCAAGGACCCCAACAAACGACUGGGCGGCGGACCGGAUGACGCGAAGGAGAUCAUGCGACACAGUUUCUUUGGCACAAUCGACUGGCAGGACGUCUACGACAAGAAGCUCGUCCCACCUUUCCAGCCCCAGGUCAGCUCGGAGACGGACACGCGCUACUUCGACGAGGAGUUCACAGCACAGACCAUCACCAUCACUCCGCCAGAAAAAUACGAUGAGGACGGGAUGGAUGCAGCGGACAACGAGCGGAGGCCUCAUUUCCCACAGUUCUCCUACUCAGCCAGCGGGCGGGAGUGAGCGCUCCGGCCCAGCCAGCCAGUGUCGUCCCCAUUCGUGGCCAUUUUGAGGAAAACACGUAGCCAUUUUAGGAAAAAAGGAAAAAAAAGAAAACCAGUCUCCCCUCUUUUUCUCCUUCUCUGCCUCCUCGCAGACGGGGAAAAGUCUUUUUAGGGACUUUAAAAGAGGUUUUUGCACAGUGGGAGAGACUCCAGCCGGUCUCCCCACACUAAAAAAUAAGUCUCCUACAUUUUCAGCGCAAUUUACUGCAGAAGGCAAUGUUUUUGUUAUUUAUUUCUUUCUCUCCGUCAGUAUUAAGUUGUCGACCCAGGUGGCGUUCAUCUGUUUUUGUUUGUUGUUUCUGUCCUUUUCUUCCUCCUCCUCCUCCUCCUCCUCCUCCUCUUCUCCUUCUUCUUUUGACUUUUUGCACUUGGUUUGAAAGAGCCGUUUUAGGGAACAAAAAAACCAAAAAUGUUGCCUUACGUGUGCAGAUGUUUCGUAUCAUACCGACAGGGUGUUUUGUUUUUUUCUGGGAGAGGGCGGGCGGGUUCUGGGUCGUGAGGGGUCGUUCUUAGUCGAGAAUAAGUGCAUGGCUCGUGGUUCACUCAAAAAAAAAAAAAAAAAAAAAAAAAAACCUACAAACAAAAAAAAAAAGAGAUUUUCUUUCUCAUACAUUUGCCAUGGCAGCGCACAUUCCCCAAACCCAUGGCGAUGGAAAUCACUGUCUAUAGAUAAAAAACAAGAAAAACCGAAAAACAAAGACGGAAAAGGAGAAAGGACGAGUCUGUAUCAUUCCUUUCAUCGUUGCAGUGUUAAUACUUUGCUCUCUUGUUUUUUUUCUUUAACCCAUUUCUUUUUCUUCUUUUUUUUAUGUUUCUCUACUUGCGCUUUACUUUUAAG